CUCUAGAGGUUCACUAGGCAGACAGAUUUAGUAUUCACAGCAGUCGUAUUCUCAAACAGAUAACCAGUGGUCGCUUAGCUUAAUUAAUUCCAGCUUUUAACAAAAUAAAAAUACGCACUCAAUAAUAUUUUUAUCUCAAACAAAUAUUUUUUAAACUCAAGCCUGACAUUGGUCAGAGCCGGAAAAAAAAUAUCAGAAAGGUUACAAGUAAAUACAAAACAAAAGUUCAAAAUAAAUACAAUGAUGUUUUCAAAAAACAACAACAACAAAAAUGUAACGCAUAACAUUUAUUCAAUGUCAAUGGCAGUAGUUGCAUUAGUUGUUGUUUGCAUUCUCGUCGAUAGUUCAAGUGCACAGAAUUCUUGUAGAACUCCAGACAACAAAAGCGGUUCAUGUAUCUCAAUAUACGAUUGUGCAAAUAUCCUGUCACUUAUCAAGAAAACUCCACUCUCGAAUGCAGACAAACUAUUUGCACAACAAUCCCAAUGUCAGAAUGGAGUUGGUCGAUCACCGUUUGUAUGUUGCGCAACAGGAGGAGGAAAUGCAGCGGGUCCAGGACCUUCUGCAGGUAAUGGUGAAGGAGUUAUAUUACCUUCUUUGCCAAGAUGUGGACAAGCAGCUGUGGGUGAUAGGAUUUAUAAUGGAAAUGACACCUUGUUGGAUGAGUUUGCUUGGAUGGUACUUCUGGAGUAUGUCGGACGUGAUAAUAAGCCAAUUUUAAAUUGUGCUGGCAGUCUAAUUAAUCAACGCUAUGUUUUAACGGCAGCGCAUUGUGUGACAGGAGCUAUUCUUCGUGAAGUUGGUCGAUUAAAUCGUAUACGACUUGGUGAAUAUGACCUGUCCAAGGACAUCGAUUGUCUUGGAAAAGAUUGUGCGGAUCCUGUUAUUAAUAUGGGAUUUGAAGAGGUUAUACCUCAUCCGCAGUAUGAUGACUCAAGUAAAAACAAGGCAAAUGACAUUGCACUUAUACGUUUAGAUGGAGUUGUAACAUAUACAGAUUUUAUUAAACCAGUUUGCUUGCCAUCGGCAUUCGGAGUUCAAUCACAACUGAGAACUGGUACUAAUUUAAUUGUAGCUGGUUGGGGUAGAACUCUUGACAGUCGACAAAGUAAAAUCAAGCAAAAACUCUAUAUACCCAUUAAUGAUUUUCAAGAAUGCUCUGAGAAAUUUGCAGCAAAACGUAUACAACUUGAAUCUUCUCAGCUAUGUGUGGGUGGACAGUGGCUGCAAGAUAGCUGCGAUGGGGAUUCCGGUGGUCCACUUAUGAGGGAGGCGAAUAAGCUUAACUAUGCAAUAGAAGGUGUUGUGUCCUUUGGAAAUAGAUGUGGACUUGAAGAAUGGCCAGGAAUUUAUACAAAAGUUUCUGAUUUUGAACCAUGGAUAAAAGCCACUCUUCGGCCAUAAGAAAUGUGAUGUUUUUUUUUGUUGGUGGAAAAAAAAAAUCAAGGUGAAUUAAUACGAGUAUAUGAGUAAGACUCGAGCACUGUUAUAAAGUAUGAAAAUAAAACACGAAAAACAUUUUAUUAUUUUUAUGAAGAA